GACGUCAUGACUUACCUGGCCGAUUUACUUUCACUGCAAAAAGAAAAGGCAAUUUAUGACUUCUCGUGUUUUAGAUUUCGGAAGAAACUCUUUUCUUGGUUAAUCCUCUCCUGAAUAUAUAUGACUACAUCGAUACAUAGCGCUUGAGAAGAGCAAGUUAGAUGUGGUAGCAUAAAUAGUUGUCGUAACAUGAUAGUCAUGUCAAACACGUGUUUCUCAUUUUAAAAAACGACAUAAUACAUCCAUUGCUGUGAACAUCCGAAGAUAUUGAACGAUUGUGGAAGGUUGUCUUUUUGUUUUGGUUUGUCCUCACUAAAACGCUUUUCCAGAAAUAACCUGUGUAAAAUAGGAGGCGGUCGAUACUACCACUCUUUACAGAUGUUCCUCAUCCUGUCUGUCUGUUGUUGCCGUCCACGCAGUCCUAUUCCCUCUUUGGAAAUCCUCCCCUCUUGUUGUAUUCUUCCUUCCACGUCUGGCUCGAGAGUGAGUAAAGCUCAUUGCGCCAACUAUUUCCGACAACGACUUCUUCAGCUCUAGACUUCUAGCAUUUAUGGAGCAUUUAUUUUAAAACCUGACCUGACGUAAUGUCCGAAUUCAAUAAGUUCUUAUAGUUUUGACAUCGCGGUUCUUAGGCUACCAAUUAUACGUUUGAAAUUAGUUAAAUGAUACAUUGCAUGAUGUCUCAUUUCAUGUAUAGAUGUUCAGAAACCCACUGUUGAUAAAAAACAAAAAACAAAACAUAGUUUAAGGAAUUUUCGUGUUUUUCCCCAUAUGGAUCGAAAGCGAAAUAGGCUAUUGUUGAAGUGACUUAUUUUAAAUACAUGGUUACGCGAUAUAAUGUAGAGAUUAUUAAUAUGGACAAAACACGUAAGAUAUUGAUUUUGACAACUACACCACUGGAAGCUAUUACUACGGAUUCUUGGAGAGUCUCGGACCACGGAAUCUAUGCCUUUUCCGCUGAAAGAACGAGCUGUCGGAAUCUCUCCUAAACGUUGAUACGUCUUGGGAGUGAUGCACUGGCUUCCCUUGGUUGCCAUGGUGAUCACCUCGGCCCUGCCCUUCCCUCGCAGUCCUGCCCCUAGGCCCAUUGCUGCAGCGACAGAGCCUGGCAGAAGCAUUGAUAACCACAGAAACAGCAACAGCGAAUACAACCGUCUUUCUGAUGCAAGUAUGAGCUUAAGGACUGAUACAACGAAUAGCAAGCAGACUCACAAGAGUGUGUCCUCUCUGCACAACACUGACCGAAAUAGUAAAAGCCUGAAACACUCAAGCCAUCUGGACAAUGCUUCACAGAAGGAUUUUAAUGUGACUACUGCUAGCAAUCAAACAGACAAGACAUCCCUGAGUGAUACAGCCGACGCUCAGUCACAGGAUAACCACAACCAAGUGGACUACAGUUUACCUUCUUUAAUGGAUCAAGUGGACUACAAUUACCAAGACAAAACAAAGCAGGAGAAAUACUUACUUCAAAGUGAAACACAACAAGAUCCCCAGAUUGAUAUCGUUACACAAAGGGACAAUACAUAUCAGGAUACUGACAAUGACAUUGUCAGAGGAAACUUGAGAAGCUUUCACACUGAAAACGACAGGUUACAGGAUGUACAAUGGAAGGGGAACCGAAUUUCUCCAAAUAACCGCAAAGCAGAGGAAUACAAAUCUCAGGAUAUCGCUGCUCAUGAAGACGACCGUUUACCUGGCACCACUCCAAAGGAAAAUUAUUUUCAUGCAAUGGGUCAUUAUGAUAAGGCAGAAAAGCUAUCGGUGGAGGACAGUGCUGGUAACUGGGGGGGUGAAUUGAAUGAAGUAUACAGGGCAGGAGAGGCGGAUAUGACAGGAGGGAAGUUGCUGGGAGAGGCAGAUCUGUUGUUUUUGGACUCGCACCCAAGAGUACUGUUUUCCCCCUCUUCCUCACCGCCGGACCACCCCCCUCUCAUGCUCAUGCUGGAGGGUGGGUUGACCGAGGACGGAAGGGUGAGAGAGGAGGACGAAAAGAGGGAUGAAGGAAGCGAUAUGCACACAGAUGGACCAGGGGGCAUGGAGGGACAGGCGGAAUCGGAGGGAUUCGACGAAGAGGCCGAUGAAGCGAAGGGAGAACAGGCCUCUCACACUAGAGCCAGGCCCAAGCGCUCCCACGCCUCCUCUGUCGGGCCUAGGGAGAUGUCGGUGUGCGACUCGCACAACAUGUGGGUCACGGACAAGAAAACCGCCGUCGACCUCUACGGGGACACCGUCAACGUGCUGCCCGAGAUCCAGACCCUUACGGGUCCUCUGAAACAGUACUUUUUUGAGACGCGGUGCAGAACGGCCCAGCUCCGCGGCUCCGGCCGGGGCAAAGCGGCGGCGGCCUCAGGGAGUUCGGCGCCCCUGGGCGUCUCCGGAGGGAGCUGCCGCGGAGUGGACAAGAAGCAGUGGGCCAGCAUGUGCAAGCCAAAGCAGUCCUACGUCAGGGCUCUGACUAUGGAUGUCAACAGGAAGGUCGGCUGGAGGUGGAUAAGGAUCGACUCGUCCUGCGUGUGUGUGCUUCUCUCCAGAGCAACCAGGGGGGGUUGAAGGCAACAGGAGCUGAAGUUAAAGAAUGCAGUGCAAGGGAGUGUCCCAAGUGUUGAUUGGAAUCUGCUGCUGCUAACAAUUACAUGGUAUAUUUCGGUCAACUGAACUCUGCUGAAGAAAGUCAUGGUACUGUUAAAAACUGUUACACACCAAAAACACCUACAUAAUCUAGAACAUUUAUAUUAUCAUUCUGCUCACCUAAAGUGGGCAAAUAUGUUCUGUGUGUGUUCUCUAAAUAAAGAAACUACUGCUCCCUUUAUUCAGCCUGUAAAAUUAUAGCCUUCUUCUCACAAUUUUCUUGAACACAGGUGAUGUUUAAACCUGUAGGUGCUCUACCUGUAAGAAUUUAUUUGAUUGGAUCAUUCAAAAUUGGGUCGGCACUCCAUGUAGGACUCAAGCUAUGCUGAUGGUGCUUCUGUUUAAGGCAUUAGGAGGGAGCUGGAGUGAGGGCAGGAGGUCUUGGUGUUUUGAGUGUAAACUUUAAUUCAAUCUCCAUCUGGUCAAUUUUACAAUUUUCAGUUGACCCUUGGACCUGCCAUGCCUACUGCUUAAAAACCCUUCUCUGCAUUCACCCUCCCUCUCUACCUUUAUGUCCCAUCAUCCAUCUCAUCCAGCCAUUUCUCAUCUGCCAUGGCUAUGUGACAUGGAAAAACCUCAAGUCAAAGGGAAAUAUGUUUAUGUAAAUAUUUAAUUUCCCUUUCAGGAGCUUCUUAUGACUUUUUAAUAUAUUUUUUAAUCACUGUUAUUAUGGAUGAUGUAAAUUAUUUUAGUAUUGUUUAGUUUUCAUGUAAUCCACUACAAAUAUGUUUGAUAUUAAUAUAUUUCUUGAUGUAUGUACUACAUAUGUGCAUUGUAUACAUGUAUGUAUAUUACACAUACGGAUUAUAUAUAAUCUGUGUAUAUAGCUAUAUAUUAUAUAUGUACAUAUAUUUAUAUCAGUUAGUGAUUUGUUAAUAGGUGCAAUGAAAAAUCAGCAGUAUUUGGAUAUUUGACAAGACGAUUACCCCCUAUACUACUGAAUUCAUGCUUUUUAUAUUGCAAAAUAUAAUGUACAGUACCACCGGGCACUGAGCAGUCAAUGCAAUCCUUCAACAAGUUCAGUUCAUACAGGAAAAUUCUGUUCACCACAUACAUUUGUGUUCGCAUAAUGAAGUUUUGAAUAUUUUCAUAUUCAUAUUUUCAUGCAAAAAAUAAUACAUAAUGACCAGCAUGUAAUUAACCACAGACAAUGUGAACAAUAUAAAUAAUGUUUCCUGACAUAAGUAAUAAAAG